CAUGUGUUCAGAUUCAAUUCGGAAUAAUUAGAUUUUUUUUCAUCAACAAAUUCAAGCAUGUGGUCGUUAAAUACUUUAUUUAUUGGUGCAACAUUGUUAAAUGUUGUGUUUUCAAAUAAUUAUACAGAUGAACCAAUAAUAUUGAGAACGAAUAAAUUGGAGAGGAAAACAUUAUCGUGUCAACCUAACAUAACAUAUGUGAACGGCUUAGAAGCUUGUAUGUGUACAAAAACUGGACAUUGGCCUAACAACAAUUGUUCAUUGCUUUUUGAAAAAUUUUACAACGACACAGUAUUUAAAAGCAAAUGUAAAGAGGACUCUUAUGUAAGCGUCCAUUGCAACAUAUGUGAAUGUAAUGAUAAAGGAGAAAUAAACAUUAAUAAAUGUACUCGACAUACAUGUGAAAGUGGUAAUAUAUUAAAUAAUAGUCGCAAAUCCAUAGAAUCGAUACCGGGCAAAUGUACCCCAAAAACAUGGUAUUCAUUCGCACCUUGCCAACUAUGUUAUUGCGUUAACGAGAAUAAAUUAGUAUGUAAUCCAGCUAAUAGACAUUUAGAAAAGCUUAUACUUGGUAAAUACAGUUUCUCUGUCUGUGGUGAUAUGUUCUUGAAGGAUACUAUUGACUUAAUACCAUUCACUGGAAAACUAUUAAGAGUAGGAGCUAAAAACUUUCAAUCGAAUAAUACGCUAGAAAUUAAGUAUGCACCAGCACCCGUUCCACCUGAAUACAAUGAGGUACAAAACGAAGAAACAAUGAAUGCCCAAAGAAUGUAUGUAGAUAGAAGUUCUGAUUCAAAUUCCAUUGAAUCUGAAGACGAUGAUGCGAAUUUAAGUAGUCUUAAUACUGGUACAAGAAUGCCUGAAUUAGAUAGGAUAGCUUCCGAAGAACAUGUAAAUAUUCACAAGCAAAAGAGCGAUGAAAAUUCGGAAGUUGCGACACCGGUAAGAAAAAAACCAAAGAAAGUUAUCACCAGUAAAUUUGAAAUUAAAGCAGAAGUACCUUCGAAAGUUGGUUUGAGAAAUCAAGAUAAUAAGUCCGAUGAAACUUAUUAUCGUGAAAUCAAUUUAUCGGAAAUUUUUAAGAAGUUUUUGGGGCUUCGGAAAUCACCUUCGAGAAGAGCGGUAUCUUUAGACUCUCGGAGCGCUUGCAAACCUGGUUCAGAAAUAGCUAAAGAUUGUAACAUGUGUUACUGCAUGAGAAAUGGUAAUUUAUUAUGUACAAAGAAAUUAUGUUGA